AUGCUUGACGCGGCGGUCAAAGCUCAAUCGCAGGCCGAUGGCAUGAUCCCUGUCAAGGCCUUCACUGCGGGUGCACCAUUGAGACCUGUGGGGUGCCUCAGGAGGGGCUUCGGUGCUUCGACUGUCACUGGAGUCCGUUCAUGCGACCUUGGUGUCCUGUCCGGCGGCGCUUUGGCGCUGUGUCCGCCGUGGCUGCUGAUUCGCGACCGGCGCGUUGGCAAGGACCGAUUGAUAUUUGUCCACGAGCCUUGGGAAACGAAGCGUCUGUCCAUCCUUUUACUGCUUUAUUCUUCCGACGUCGCCAUGGGCAAACAAGUCGGAAACGCCCCCGAGGCAGCACGACCGGCCCGCGGGCCAUGGUGGCGGUCGAAAAAGUUCAUCAUCGCCGCCGCCGUUGCUGCUGCUCUCAUAAUCAUCGCGUUGGCUGUCGGCCUUGGUGUCGGGCUGACGAGGGGAAAAGGCGGCCAAGACGACCAAGGCGAGGAACCCCGUCCGCCCGGCUCUGGCGUCAACCGAACUACCCUUUACAAGCCCAAAGCCGGUACACCGUGGCAAAUCAUCCUCAGCAAACCCGUCAAGUUGGCCGACGAUGGAGCCGUCACUCCAAGGACCGAGGUGUACGACCUCGACAUGUUCGACAACGACGCCGACUCAUUUGUUCGGCUUUACAAUGCCGGCAUCAAGGUUAUUUGCUACUUCAGCGCGGGAACCUACGAGGAAUGGCGGAGCGACAAGGACAGGUUCGACCAGGCAGACAUGGGAAAGCCGCUGGACGACUGGCCAGGCGAGAGGUGGCUCAACGUGUCCAGCCCUUCGGUGCGUGACAUUAUGAAGGAGCGGAUCAAGCUCGCCGCUUCCAAAGGUUGCCUCGCCAUUGACCCGGACAACGUCGACGGCUAUCAAAACGACAACGGCAUAGGGCUGACCAGUGAGCAAGCUGUCGACUUCGUCAAGUUCCUCUCAGACGAGGCAGCCGCGUACAACAUGUCGACGGGCCUUAAGAACGCUGCAGACAUCAUACACGAUGUCAUAGACGUAGUUGCCUUUUCAGUCAACGAGCAGUGUGUUGAGAACAGCGAGUGCGAGUCGUAUUCGCCGUUUAUCGAGGCAGGGAAGCCCGUCUUCAACAUUGAGUACCCCAAGGAUGCCGGCUCGACCAGGGGCGUCAGUGCCACCAUGUCCACAGACAUAUGUUCCAGGAGAGGCAAGUCCAAGGGCGCCAACAAGUUCAGCACCGUCAUCAAGAAGAAGAACUUGGACGGUUGGGUAGAGUAUUGCGACAAGAAGGUGUUUACAACGGACAUUUUUAGCUGA